CGACACACUCCAGGCCCGGACACCACGUGUUAAUUUGUACGGUGUGCUUUAAAUAGAAACAAAUCGGAGCUUCGUUCCGCAAGGCACAGGCCCCACUUCCCAGCUUGCUAGUUUCGUAUACUUUACGGAGCGCACAGGCGGUAUGGGGAAGAAGUCGAAACGGCACGGUGCUCAAGCUGGGGCAGCGAAAACCGGCAGCAGGCUCUCUCAUCAACAACAAAACCGUCUGCAAGGUGGUGGAGGAGCUGUGGACCAAGACCCAGGGGCAAGCUCCAUCCAACCUUGGCAGUCUCUGGAAAGAGUACGAUGCUGUAGUGGCACUCACUGACUCGCUGAAAGAGAAACAAGGACCAUCUCCCAGCAAGUUACCUGCCAGCAGAGAGACAAGGAUUCCCAGCUCUGUACGAGUGGCUGAAGGCACACAACGCUGAGUUCGACAAGGUGGAAGUAGGGUCAUUUGGAGGUGUGGGCUAUGGUGUGAAGGCCACGGCAGACAUCGAGAUGGGGGAAAGAGUGAUGAGGAUCCCAGAGAAGCUCAUGAUGACCUCAGAGACGGCCAAGACCAGCCAACUCGGUCCACUGAUAGCCAGAGAUCGGAUGCUGCAGGUGAUGCCUAAUGUGGCGUUAGCCCUGCACCUCCUCAAUGAGAGAUACAACCCAAAAUCCUUCUGGAAACCCUACAUAGAUAUCCUUCCAGCCACCUUCUCUCUCCCCCUGUGGUUUGACAGGUCCCAGCUGGAGCUCUUGACCGGCUCCCCCUGUCUCUCUGAUUCUCUGCAGCACGUUCGCAGCGUUGGAAAGCUCUACUCUCAUCUACACAAGCUGCUUCGAGCACACGGAGACACAUCAAUAUACCUCUACUCGGUGGGGUUCUACUACGACGACUUUGUCUGGGCCGUGAGUGCGGUCAUGUCGCGACAGAACGAGAUUCCUCAUGAGAGAGACGAGACGCAGUCGAAACUGGCGCUCAUCCCUCUCUGGGACAUGUGUAACCACUGGCCAGGCUCAAUCUCGACCGACUUCGAUGCGGAGUUGCGGACGUGCGACUGUUUCUCCCCGAGUGCCGUCCGGACAGGCAAGGAGUUGAGGAUCUUCUACGGAGCCCGCAGCAACGCCGAGCUCUUCCUCCACCAGGGCUUCGUGUACCCUCCCAAUACUGGAGACACCCUCAGGAUAAAACUAGGUCUCAGUAGCGGCGAAGACUCUGUGACCAAGUCAAUGAAAUCGAGACUUCUCACAAAACUGGACAUCCCACUCUCUGGAGUGUUCCAUGUACUGGCAGCAGAGGACCCGUUCACGCCACAACUGAAGGCCUUUGUGAGAGUGUUCACGGCCAAGUCAGAGGACCUCCAGCGCUACGGGGCAUGAGUCAGGAGGCGCUCAAGACGGAGAUUCUGGCAGAUAAGUGGGGGAAGGGGGACAUGAGCGCUCUGCAGUUCCUCAUUCAGAGGUGUGAGCUUCUUCUCAAGGCUUAUCGCUCCACUCUAUUUGAAGACUUUGAGAAGGUAACACAGAGUAAACUGGACAGCAAGACCCACCAGGCACUCAUGCUCACCAUCUGCGAGCGCUGCAUCCUCGGCUCGGCUGCUAAAAUGGCCGCCGCUCAGAAAGUGCUCGUCGAGCGCGGGAAAGCCGGGAGAGAGACCAACGGAACUGCGACAGAGGAGGAAGAAGAGGAGGAGGGAGAGGAGAGCGCCAAUGGAGACGAAGCUGGCAAAGACGGAGAGAAGGAACUGCAUUCUCAGCUAAAGACAAUGAAACAUAGUUUGUCAGCCGGGGAGCUGGGGUGCAGCAUUAGAGACAGGAUGAUCAUGGAGAGUAGUGAGGAGAGGGAAGAUUGGAGGAGGAGGGGGAGGG